UGAGUCAACCCGAUAAUAGCAAGAAGAAGAAAAAUGGCAGGUACUGGCCGCCAUAAUUGACUAAUCGCGAAUCCACAUGCAAACAUGACCUCCUAGCUGAUCUCCUUAUUCAGGACGAUGGUACGUCCACGGGAUGUAAGCAGUGACUGAGAAUCAUGGGAGUUUCGCAGGUGCUGCUGGGAUUCGCCGGUCUGACGGCGGGAAUCGCAGUGAUUGGCAACCUCCCGGUCACGUGGUUUAUGUCAGCGGAAAAAGCAACGUUAAAGUACCUGGAGAAAAGCCGUCUUCAGACGAUUGAAACUAACCCAAGGACAUUUAAUGCCAAAGAAUUGUGGAAGGACAACGGCGCGGUCAUAAUGGCCGUGCGGAGGCCCGGAUGAUCCAUGUGCAGAGAGGAGGCCAUUAACCUCUCCUCUCUGAAGCCUCGUUUUGAUGCUCAUGGAGUUACCUUACACGCGGUUGUCAAGGAGACUCUGGGUGUCGAGGACUUCCGGCCCUAUUUCAAGGGCGAUGUCUUUCUAGAUCCUGAGAAAGUGUUCUACGGUCCUAAAGAGAGAUGGUUUCCAGUCCUCGGAGUGCUUAGGUUCAACUUCAUCCGCCAUGUUUAUGCAUUAUCCAAGAAAAACAUCCCGGGAAAUCUGAAGGGGGAGGGACUACUACUUGGGGGUGUAUUUGUAAUUGGGCCGGGACAGAGCGGUAUUUACUACCAGCACCAUGAGAUGGAGUUCGGUGACCAUGCCAACCUGACGGAAGUCCUAGAAGCUGUGCAAAGGAUCGAAAAGGACGCGUCUAAAAGACAAUAAGGAUCAGGAUAUUUGCUCUUCCGGUGCAUUUUAGUGCAGCUAUUAAAAAAACAUUACAAGUAACAAUGUUUUGGAUAAUAGAAGAGUUUUCGUUGUGCUUUGAUGUGUUCAUUCAUUUUUAGAUCGUUCUGUUCUUAAUUAAUUUGUAACCCAUCCAUGAUAAUAAUAAUGUUUAGAAAUUAUGACAUUUUUCAGCUAAUAUUUUGUCAUGACAUAAGUCAUUUAUGAAUAACUGGAUGAUAUAUUGCAUUUGAAUUUACUUGUCCUUAGUAGGAACAAAUCUCCUCUAAGAUAAAACAAACGAGUGUACAUAUAUGUAUAUAUAUAUAUGUCACUCUUUUGUUGAAAAAAAAAAUAUUUAAUAUGUUAUUAGACAGAGUUGUCUCUCGUAUCCUAGGGACAGGGUACCUGAAAUGAAGACAAUUCCUAAUAAAAGCACGUUGCUAGCCUCGAAAUUCUCUUUUUUAAAAAUGACUUAUGAUGUUUGACCUUGAAAUUCACUAACCGAGGUCGAACAGAUGGCGACAUUUAUAAGAGUUUUCGGGACCAAGACGUCGUGCUAUUAUUAGACCAUGCCUAAUCGGUUACAGUCAAUUCUGUUUCAAAUUUAUGCAAACUGUAAAAAUUAUAACAUAAUGAAAUUAAAAUUGAAAUAAAAUAUACAAAACCC